AUGAAGUUGAAAGGCAUUCCUCCAGACAUAGUCACAUACAAUUCAAUAAUUGAUGGUUUGUGUAAGUUCAGUCAGUGGGAAAAAGUUACGACUUUAUUCUCUAAGAUGGUAAAUCAUAAUAUUUAUCCAAAUGUGCGCACCUUCACCAUAGUGAUAGAUGGACUAUGCAAAGAAGGGAAAGUUGAAGAUGCUGAGGAAGUGAUGAAACAUAUGAUCGGGAAAGGUGUAGAGCCUAAUAUAGUCACCUAUAAUGCGAUAAUGGAUGGAUAUUGCCUGCGUGGUCAAGUGGAUAGUGCGAGAAGAAUUUUUGAUUUCAUGAUAGAUAAGAGCAUUGAACCUGACAUGAUCAGCUAUAGCAUACUAAUAAAUGGAUACUGUAAGAAAAAGAAAUUUGCCGAGGCCAUGCAAUUGUUUAAUGAAAUUUCUCAAAAGGGAUCAAAACCUAAUAUUGUUACAUACAAUACUAUCUUGCAAGGGUUUUUUGAAGUUGGAAGAAUAGGCGAUGCAAAAAGAUUCUUUGAUGAGAUGCUAUCUGUUGGGCCCAUCCCUGAUAUAUACACUCAUGUCACUUUGCUCAAUGGUUAUUUUAAGCACGGAUUUGUUGAAGAAGCUAUGUCACUCUUUAAUAAGUUGGAAAGAAAGAGAGAAAAUAUUGAUAUAUUGCAUUUUACAAUGUUGUCAUUAAUGGAUUGUGCAAAAACGGUAAACUCGACAAAGCUCAUGCUAUUUUUGUGAAGCUUUCUUCAGUGGGAUUGCUUCCGAAUGCUAGAACGUACAAUACAAUGAUAACUGGAUUUUGUC